UGACUCUGAGCUCAGCAGGGCCACAGGCGCAGCUGGCGCAAAAAGCAAUCCUUAUGCAUACAUUGACAUAGAGGUUGGUGCUUGAAAUUCUAUUCCCUGAGUUGGCUGAGUAGCAUCUCUCUCUCCUUUCUUGUAGCCUGCAUCACAGUGAAGCCACCUGCUGCAAAAGUUUAUAGUAGCGGCUUUUCUUGGAAUCCAGGGACAAGCUGCUAGAGAUUGUUGAGGCGGAAGAGUUGUGAGCCCCAACAAGGUCACCAUGAAGAUUCUGGUAGCUGUAAAGAGAGUGAUUGACUAUGCAGCAAAGAUUCGUGUGAAGGCAGAUAAGACGGGGGUGGAGAAAGCAAACGUGAAGAUGUCUAUGAACCCCUUUUGCGAGAUAGCGGUUGAAGAGGCGGUGAGACUGAAGGAGAAGAAAGUGGCGACAGAGAUUGUGGCAGUCAGCAUGGGCCCCGCACAGUGCCAGGACACGCUGAGAACUGCGCUAGCGAUGGGAGCGGACCGUGCAGUGCACGUCAACACGGAAGCCGACUUGCAGCCGCUUGCAGUUGCCAAGCUGCUUGCAAAACUCGUUGAGAAAGAGAACCCGGACUUAUUGCUGCUAGGGAAACAGGCUAUUGAUGACGACUGCAACCAGACGGGGCAGAUGGUCGCGGCGCUCCUCCGGUGGCCCCAAGGAACAUUUGCGUCCAAGGUCGAAAUAGAUGGAGCGUCGAAAGCGCUCUCAUUAACUAGGGAGGUAGACGGGGGACUCGAGAAGUUGCGUUUGAAGCUGCCGGCAGUUGUGACGACGGAUCUUCGCCUCAACGAGCCACGGUAUGCAACCCUUCCAAACAUCAUGAAAGCCAAAAAGAAGCCGAUCGAAAAGCGUAGCCCUGAAGAACUAGGCGUUGACGUCACACCUCGAUUAGAAACUUUGAAAGUUGAAGAACCACCCAAGCGGCAAGGGGGGCGGAUUGUCUCGUCGGUCGAUGAGCUCAUAGACGGUCUGAAACAAGCUAGGGUGAUCUGACGAGUUGCCGAGCCGGUCAGCUUUAGCGACGCGACGGCCCCUGAAUCAGUGACCGCUUGUUUGGUAGAUUGCGCUGCACCCUUCCUUCCGGUUGAAACAUUCAACGAGCUUCUGUACAUGUAACGUAAAGUGAUUGACAUUUUUCGAGUUGCAAAGGCGUUAAGAAAUGUUCACAACGAACACACUUUACCGCUUGCUAAUUUCUGAUACAUCC